AUGGACCUGCCAUAUGCGCAGCUGGAGCCUCCCAGGCUGCUUGGCUCCUUCUGUGAUGUGGAGAAGACACUGCAGUGCAGUUGUUCCUUUCAUGGCAUCCCCACACCAUCUGUGCAGUGGUGGAUGGACGGAACUCCUGUGUUUGGCCGCCUCCAGGUGACCUCCACCACACUUGGUUCCUGGGACAACAGCACCCUCAUCCUCUCCAAGAACCCAGAAAUGGGCACAAUUCUUCUCUGUGAGGGGAAGAACCAACAUGGAACCUAUGGUUUGAGCAUCCUACUGAUGUCAAGAAAAGGCCCUUUGGCUCCCGAAAUCUUCCUGAAAGCGCUGUUCCAGGGCGUUUUCUAUGCAGCCAUGGCAACCACACUUCUUUUCCUCUGUCUCCUCCCCUUCAUAGGGAAAUUUCUCAGGAAGAAGCAGGCAAAGAAGUGGGCGCAGGUGAGAGCACAGAGGGGCUCCUUGGCUGGAGAAGACCAGGAACCCAGUGUGAAGCCCAAGGAGCCCAGGAAAUCCAACACCGAGCCAGCCUCUGGGCAGCAGGUCUUGGAAGAGGAAGAGAACCUGAAGCCAAAGAAGCCCUUGGAAACGGCAUCACAUGUAAAGUUACCCUUCGCCGCAGAACUACAAACACCCAUGGAGACCUCAGAAGCCCCAAGUCCGUAAUAAACUUGAGGUCCCGAGGAUUGGAACUAACAAAGCCCUCUCAGCCUCUGCCCAUCCCAUACUCUCUCUGGGAUGGAGACCCUUGGACCUGCUCUCAGGAUUUUUGGAGGUCACCUAUGAUGUGCUGUUUGGUCGAGCCACAGACACAUGCCUCAUUCUGGCUCAGGGGAGAAACGUGCACAUGGUACUGUGAAACACGGGAGUUUGAUCACUUUCUUUGUGACCAGUUCCACAGACAGACACACAGACACAGGCAUAGACACACAGACCCCCACACAGGCAGACACGCGAAUACAUGCACACACACUAAAGCCCUUAUGUUUUAAUCUAAUUCCAACAUCAGUGCUUAGCAGAUGAAGCCUUUGGACAAGACCUCCCGCUCCCAGCUCUCUGCCUUAGACUUCUGGAGGCUUACUACGGGACACUCAAGAAGAGACCAGGCUGUGAAAAGUGUACUCAGAGACGUAGGUGGAGAGAGCGAGCCUUACGAAAUGGAACUGGAAGGUUAUGCUGUGGGAUCACAUCCCGGCCCUCAGAACUUCAGUACCACAGGAACAGGUUCCUGUUUCCUCCCUGUGUCACCAUUA